UCGACGGUACUGUCCUGUGAAUGCGGGAGCAUCGUUGAAAAACUAUCGUUUGCCGUAAAUCGAAUCGCUUGCGGGUUCGGGGGAGUUUGACAACAUUUUUCGGUUGUGACAUUUUGGAUUAUUGUUUAAACGUUAGCGUGGUUUUUUUCGGAAACUCUUUUGCGGGUGGCCGAAAAAUGUUCGAACAUUAUUGGAUUUUAGCGAUGUGUUUUUUGUGGGUGGUCAGCUGUGAUGCUGAAGGGGCAUCGACCACCAGGAGAAGAUUGCCGGCCCCGUUACCACCAGUGGAAGAAGAUUUAUCUUCGAAUAAUCAAGAUGGCUGGAUGGCCGCCGGUCAUUCGAGUCCAGUUCUCUUCCUGUCAAAUGCAAAAGACGCGGUAGACGUCGAAGGUGGAGAAGAUAUGGACGAAGACUUCCCCACAACGUAUACCUCUGACCCAAUGAACGUGAAAGUUGAUACUACUUUUGAUGAAAAUAUAACAAGUCCUGUAAGGUCAGACUUACGCCUAGAGCGGUCUCUAGUGAACGUUACUCGAGAAAGUGGCGAAAGUGUGAAAAUGCGAUGUGACGUCAGGGGCCAGGGGCCUGUUCAUUUCCGUUGGUACAAAAAUGAAGCCCCCGUUGAAGAAGAGAAGGGGCGAGUCGAGAUUCGAAGAUACAACCCUGGUCCCGGUAAAGUCGGGUCUCGACUGCGCAUUUCUAAUUUAGACAUCCACGAUACUGGCUACUACAAAUGCGAGGCCCACGCAGGUGGCGAGGAUUCGUUGGCUGAUGAUUCUGGGUCUCCUAGACAUUUGCCUCGCGUGGAGUCUACUGGCAUUCUUAUUGUGAGAGCAGGUCGUAUUCAGCCUCCAGCUACAAUUCCUAAUUUCCCUCCGGUUUUUCCUCAUUUUCCUGCUCUCGGCGGCACUUUACCUGAGGUUGAGCCACAGAACUCCGAGGGAUUUUGUCAACUCUAUCGUGGUGUCACAUGUGUCCAGUUCAUUGGCAAUAGGAGUGUAUAUGUUAAAUCCCCAUUGAGCCUAAGUCACAUGGAAGAAAAGUUAACAGCUGCUUUUACAGUUAUAGCAACAUCUCAUGAUGUAUCUGAGGAAUGUCAUAAAUAUGCCAUUCCAUCCUUGUGCUUCUUUGCUUUUCCCUUGUGCGAAUCAGACAGCCCAUAUCCUGUACCUCGUCAAGUUUGUAGAGAUGAGUGUGAGGUCCUCGAGAGUAACAUCUGCAGAAUGGAAUAUUCUAUUGCAAAAAGACAUCCACUGCUUGGACAGCAGAAAAUUCUUCCAGUUUGUGAAGAACUGCCUCCUGUUGGUUCUAAAGAGAGUGAGACAUGCAUGCGACUUGGUAUACCAAAUGAGGUUCUGGUAGACAGAGAGGACAAUUGUUUCGAAGGAAAUGGAGAAAAUUAUAGAGGUACCCAAUCAACUACAAUUUCUGGGCUUAGGUGUCAACCGUGGAGUGAUCAGAUAUUUUACAAGACUGCUGAUUAUCCAGAACUGGUCGGAGGUCACAGUUACUGUAGAAAUCCCGGUGGAAAAGAAACACAACCAUGGUGCUUUACUACAGAUCCAAAUGUUAGAAAAGAAAUCUGCAACGUUGCUCAAUGUGUGGAUUACUUAUGGCUAUAUAUUUUGCUUCCCACAAUUGCAUUGGUUGCACUUUUGGGAUUAUUACUUGGAUUGUGGUGUGUCAAGAGGCGAACAAAACCAUCUCCAAAAACCCCCAUGAAAAAUCCCAAAAUACCAGUACGACCAGUUAGCCAGCAGGGUCCACAUCAACAAAUGGAGAUGAAAGCUCUCAUUCCUCGUAACAACGUACGUGUUCCAGAGGUUCCUUUAAACACUGUAAGAUUUCUCCAGGAACUGGGAGAAGGUGCAUUUGGCAAAGUUUACUGCGGAGAACUACUUAGCUUACAUGGUAAUGGCAGUGUCACUCCUGUUGCAAUCAAGACUUUGAAAGAAAAUGCAACUCAGAAAACUCAACAUGAUUUUCAACGUGAAGCAGAGCUGAUGUCAGAUUUGCAUCAUCCUAACAUUGUUUGUCUUUUGGGCGUGUGCAUGCGAGAAGAGCCCAUGUGUAUGUUAUUUGAGUACAUGUCACAAGGAGAUUUACAUGAGUACUUAAUCUUACAUUCACCAAGAUCUGAUGUGUCUGCUAACAGUGAAGAUGGUACCAAUCACAUCUUGGAAUUGCCUGAUUUCUUGUACAUUGCCAAACAGAUAGCUGCUGGAAUGGAGUACUUAUCAGCUCACCAUUAUGUUCACAGAGAUCUGGCUGCUAGAAAUUGCUUAGUGGGAGAUAAUUUGACUGUUAAAAUUUCAGAUUUUGGCCUCUCGCGGGACAUUUAUUCAUCCGAUUACUACAGAGUGCAAUCCAAAUCCCUUUUGCCUGUUAGGUGGAUGCCUCCGGAGUCUAUUCUUUAUGGCAAAUUCCAAACCGAGAGUGAUGUCUGGUCAUUUGGGGUUGUUUUGUGGGAAAUAUUCAGUUACGGAUUGCAGCCAUAUUACGGUUAUAACAAUCAGGAAGUCAUUGACAUGAUUCGUUCUCGACAACUUCUGCCCUGUCCUGAUGAUUGUCCUGCACAUAUAUAUGGUCUCAUGGUGGAAUGUUGGCAUGAGAUAUUUUCUCGUCGGCCCACUUUCAAGGAACUUCACACUCGUCUUUCUUCUUGGUUGGACAUGCUGGAAAUGUCCAGGCAGUCUAGGACUCACAGUGUUGCCCAUUCUACAAGCACAGCUCAAAAUGGGAGUCAACAUAGCAGCACUGGUCCGAGCAACAACACAGGCUCUACUAACAUGACCAACAUCAGCACAACAACUGUGCCAUCAACAGGAAUACACGUUCCUGUCUUUCCUCAGGCAAUAUUUUCUAAUGCUGGCAACAAUAUCUUGCAGCAAAAGCUUGGCAACAACCAUCAUGUGGUACAAGGACCCCACAUUUUACAAAAUCCAUUUCCCAAUGACCAGCUAAACGUGAUGUCAUUGCCAAGAUCCACUACUCCUAAUGUGAGGCAGCUGCCACCACAGGUAAUACCACCAUAUCAUAUGUCAGAUGGAAAAGUUUCAAAAGUGUAGAUUGUCAUGCAGAUGGUAUUGGUAAAACAAGAAUCAAAUCAUUAAUGGAUGCUGUUCCUCAUUUUCUUGAAGAUGAAGGUUGACAAAACGGCAAACUAUUAUCAGCUAGCAUUUGCUGAACUGUUGCUGGCUCUCAUUAUUAUACAUUGUUGAAAUUCCUGUAUGGUAUGAGGAAUUCUCUUUCACCAAGGUCUGUAUUUAUUGUGUUGCUCUGACCCAGAAUCAAAAAAAGUGAUUCUUUUUAUGGGUAAUUUGAUUUUUAUUCUCCGACCGACUGAGAGCUUUAUUUUACAAAGUUUUUACUCAGAGCUUGUACUAUUUAUUAGUCCAGUUCCCAUGACGCAGUAUGAAUUGAUUUUAAAACCAAAAAAAUGAACUUGGGAUGUACUGUGUGUGAUCACAUGGAAAUUUCAGGCCAGUUUAAAAAAAAAUAUUAGGUGUCUUUUUAAAAUGUAUAAAAUGUGUUCUGUGACUUUUUAGAUGUAGCAUCUAUAUUAUGGAAAUGGAUUUUGCCUUGUUUAAAUAAUACAGUGGUAUACAUGCUUUUAAAAUAUUGCAAUGAUGUUAAGAGAGGAUCUCUUAGACUAAAAUUAGAUCACUAAAAAGUAUGCUAGAUUUGGUUUUAAUUAGAGUAUGUUUAACAACUGACACUAGCUGUAAAUGUGUAAAUAUUUGAGGAUAAAGAGUAUCAAGUAAAUUUAGUCCAAACUUUUUUACAAAAAGUAUAUAUAUCAGGAAUUUGAUACGGUUUCUGGAAGUUCUUCAUCAACAUAUUUAGUCCAUAUAAGAAAGUAAUCAUUGAAAAUUCAUUUUCAGGCCAUUAGCUGUAUAUUUUUGUACUAACAACUUUUGUAAAAAAAUCGUUAUUUUUUGUAGAACUUACUGAAAGAGAAAUACAGUAAUAAAAUAUUAGUUGCUACUGAACAAGGCAUGUCCAUUUUCAUGAGCUGCUGUGUGCAUUUGAAAUGAUUCCGUACAUUGCUUUUUAAUAUCUUGUACAGAUAUGUGUUUUACUUGUAAAUAUUUUACUUUUUUUUUUAAAUUUUUAUUUAUUGCUUUGAAUUGAAUUAUGUGUACAGUGCUGAUGGAAUAAAAUGUAACGCUAAUUUUUUUUUAAGCAAAGACUCAUUAUUUAUCAGCUAUUUAAACAUUUCAUGUGAAAAUAAAAUUAUAUGUCUCAUUUACAUUGCAUGGUCUGUUCAUGAAAUUCAUUAUAAGUGUUUUGGCUAAAAAUAGUAAGAUCAAUGUAAUAUUUUUAUCUUGUACAUUUGUUUGAUCAAUUCUUGAUUUUUAGUUUAAAUUUUUAAAGGGCAAAAUUAUUUUUCUCCUCCUAAAAUGUAUUUUUGAAUGUCUGAAUCUUUUUACUUUAAAUUUUAAGUUUGUGUAAUAUUUUCAAAUCUUUUUGCUGAGGGUUUCUUAAAUUGAGGUUUCUGAAAACUCUUGUUUCAGAAUUUUCAACAUUUGUUUCUUAAAAUAGUCCAAUCAUUUUGACUGAAAGAAUUUUCUGAUGAUAAGAAAAUUUAAUCAAAGAUAGUUAAUAUGUUCUUUACUACCUAUGAUUAAUCAUUUUUUUAUCUUAAGGAUUGCAGUAUUUACUCGCCUAAAAUUUCAACUGUGAAUGAGAAAUUCAAGAAGCCCUUCAGCUACUGUAGAUUUUCCAAAUUUUGAUGUACAGAAUAAGUGAAAGAAUCUACAUAAAAAAAUCCACCUUUAUGUAAUAAAAUGGAUUGUAUAUAGUUUCCAUACUGGUGACAUGAAUUUUACUCUUUCUACUGUCAGCAAGUUUAGUUUUGUGUAUUAUUGCUUGCAGUUUCGUAAUUUUAUGGUCUCUUGUUGCAUUUAUUGGAUGUUUUUCAUAAAUUUAUGAGCUUGAAAUGUGACUUGGGCUUUUGAAAUGUUGCUUGUUGAAUGUGUAAGCCAGUCAGAUAUGAUUGUGUAUAUAAUAUUAAAGUAAAAAAACCCUUUGUAAUGCUUGUACCCAUCUUUCAUUCUAAAAUGCACUGUAUGUGUAUGUAUAUAUAUGUGUUUGUGUGUUCAGUGAUGAUUUGGCAGAGUUAAACUUUCAGCCUUUAUAAAUGCUUUGAAAGUGUAUACAUUCUAAAAAUAUUUUAUUAAUUUUUUUUUUAGUUUGAUAACUGUAAAUUUUAAAGAAUAUGUAUAAAAUUAUGAUGCAAUUUAAUCAUGGUAUACACUAGUCGAAAAUAAACUUGACUCAUUUAAAUUUUAGUGCAUUUAUAAAUGGUCAAAUAGAUGCCCAGAUCUCAAUUCUUUUUUUGGUCAAAACUUAAAAAAUAUGGGCUGCAGUGGUUUUAAAUUUAUUAAAAUUAUUUUGAUACCUCAUCUUCAUUGCUGUGAUUUCAUUCCAUUAUUAUCUUCAUAAUUAUGUGUUCCUAUUUAAGUGGCUAAAUUUUGAAUUUAGUUUGCAAGCCAUUAAUAACUGGUACUUAGCCAAAAAGUAUAUGUAUUUUGUCUAGUAAACAUCAUCUGAAAAAUUUAUUAUAUUUGAAUGAAAAUGGCAUCUUUUUUCCUUUUGAAUUUUUUUAAAAAAAACAUUUAAUUACUUUUUACUGUUUCAUUUACAAUUUUUUUAUCAUACAUUCGGUAUCAUUUGUAUAAAUAUACAUGAUAAAAGGCUUUCCUACUUCUUUUCCUAAUUUACUUUUCACUUAACUUCAUUUAAUUUUUAUCGACUGGAUUGAUUUCACGAGUAUUGUUUUUGAUUGAUGAUCUUAAUAACUAGCUAUUUUUUUUAUCAUAUUUCAGUGCCAUAUUAAAGUGUCUGGCUAGUCAGUGUUCAUUGUACCAAAGAUUUCUCUGUUCUUAUUGAUAUCUGUAUUUUAUCAUGAAAAUAAAUUU